AUGCGUCUUUUUCCUGUGGACCCGCUCGUCUACCGUGACGCUGACAAGGAGGUGCACCUCCCAGCCUCUGAUGUUACUCUACAAAAGGGAAGUGUUUGUGUGGUUAACAUUUUUGGUGUUCACCGCAGUGGGGGGAUUUGCGCUGAUGGUGCCGUUCUCUUCCGCCUGGAACGUUGGUUGGGGGAGGAAGGGAACAAGCUCCGCGAGCGGUGUGGUCGCUGUGGCUAUAUUCCUUUUAGUCUCAGAAAACGCAACUGUAUUGGGAAGGAGGUAUAUAGGCUCUAUGAUGUCAUCCUCACAACGGCCGCCCUUCUGCGACAUUUGCGUUUUGGCCCGGUUGGGUCAUUUCCCCGUACGCAGUUUGGAUUUACAAUGGCGUCACACGGGCCCGUGUCGUGUAACUUUACUGCUGAGUAA